CCGGCUGCUUCCAAACCCACAGUCUUUUGCUGCUCCCACUCUCGUCGAUUCCAAGCUGCUUUGAUCGAUUCGCUGCAAUCCUCACCGUCGUUGGUAACUCUCCGUUCCUCUCCGUCGCCCAAUUUCCACCUUCCAUUUCUGCUUUUUUUUUUCUUGUGUCUUCUCUCGUGGAUUUCUUUUUCCAAUCCGUAAGAACGACGACGCACGCCGGAUCUUGGUUAAUUUGUGCCUUUGGCCGCGAUUCCCUCCGAGGAACCUAUAAUGGCUGAAAAGUUGGGAGCUUUAGCUUGAUGAAUUUGUGGAGGUGGUGAUGGGAGUUGAAUAGAUCUGAGGGUUGUUGAGGUGAAUGCUUCCUUUUUGUUGAGGAGGAGGGGAUCCUUAGCUCGUCGGUGUUUGUUUCUUGUAUCCGAUGGCCUCUCCUCCUCCGUUCUCGUUGGCGGAUCAAACCGAUGAGGACUUCUUCGACAACCUCGUCAGUAAUGAUGAUUUGGUUUUUGCUGGAUCUGUUUCCGAGCAGGCAACCACCGAAAUGGCCUUUUCUAAUAUGAGCAUCGAUGAUGUCGGUCUUCCAUUGGAGGACUCGAGGCUGGGGGUUUCUGGAUUGGCAGCGACAGAUGGAAACCGUCAAGAAAAUGGGGUCACGCAGUGGCCCGGAUCUCCCAAACCCAGAUCCUUGGUGGUGGAAAGCAGUGCAAUUCCCAUAUCAACUGAUUCAUUUACCUCUAGGGUGGAAGUUGAAACCUUUGAUUCCAAGGACGAGCAACAAGAGGUUGUGGCAUCGGCACCAUUACCAGCUCGUGACGAUGUGGUCGCAUCUGGAGGUUCGACGGAGACCAGAUCGGAGUUCGGAUCUCCAGGUUCGUCGCUGGGGAAGAACACUGGAUCAAAGGAGACGGCUGUAAAGGAGGUGCAAUGGAGUGCGUUCAGAGUUGAUCCGCCGCAGUUUGAUUCAGAUGGAUUUGGAUCCUACACAAACUUCUCGGCGGAGAAUGUGGGUGAGUGCGGCAACAAGCUCGAAGCUGAAGUUGACCAAAAGUGUAGUUCUGCAGACAAUUCAGCCGCUGAUGCAUGCUCAUACUUCGAGUCCAUUGAACAACAAGAUUCUCAGUGUUAUAGCUUGCCGAGUGAACAAACUCCAGAUGUGAAUGAAGCUCAAUACUGGGAGAGUCUCUAUCCCGGUUGGAAGUUCGAUGUUAGCACUGGUCAGUGGUAUCAAAUUAAUGAUUAUGAUGUAGCAACAACUGCUGAACCAGAAACCAGCAAUGCAAUGAAUGAACAACAACAUGAUCAAGACAAAGUUUUGGCUGCUGGUAAUGGAAUUAUUAUGGACCAGAGUUCAGAGGUUUCUUACUAUCAACAGUCUGCUAACUCGGUGGUGGCAGAAACAGCUGAGGAUAGCUCCACUGGUUAUGUUUCCAACUGGAAUCAGGACUCUUAUGGUAGCACUGAAUAUCCACCUAAUGUGGUGUUAGAUCCUCAAUAUCCUGGAUGGUACUAUGACACUAACAUCCAGCAGUGGCACACACUUCAAUCUUACACUCCGGCCGUUCAGGCAACAACUGGUACUAUACAUGGCCACUACAGCCAGGUUAUGGAAAUUCACUGGGAUGGCUCUAGGAGUAAGUCUGUUGAAGAAAACAUGCAACAACCUGAACCAGUGGACGAGGGCAUCCCUGAUUUCAAUGACAAUCGACAGAAAAUAAACUUAUAUAACACAAUGGGUCAUGCAGCAAACUGUAUGGAUGUCCAAGUAGGUACUAGGGACCUGGAACCACUGUCAAAUUAUGAUUACGGCAGUAGUAAUGGUGCAACAAGGCUCCAGAACUUUCUGCCUGCAAAGAAUAUGGACCAUGUUAAUCAGCCAAAAGUUGACCAAAGCUUCCAGGCAUACUUAUCUCAUGGGCAUCAAGGCAAUCAAAUGGCAACCUACCAUUCUCAGCGAUCAAUGAGCUAUGAAAGUCCACCAUGUUCUAGUUUUUCUUAUGCUCUAAAUGAAGGCAGAUCUUCAGCUGGGCGUCCUCCGCAUCCUUUGGUUGCUUUUGGUUUUGGUGGUAAACUCAUUCUCAUCAAAGAUGCAAGCUGUUGUGGCUCAAACUUGGAUUAUGGAAGGAAGGAUUCCAUCGGGGGUUCAAUCUCCAUUCUGGGUUUAAUGGAUAUUUUGAUGAAGAAAACUGAUGAUUCAACCACCAUAACUACUAAAUGUGGUUAUUUCCAUGCAUUGUGCCAGCAAUCUUUUCCUGGUCCACUUAUAGGUGGCAAUGCCUCAGCAAAGGAUGUGAACAAAUGGAUAGAUGACAAAAUAGCACAUUCCUUGGUAUAUGCUACUGAAGGAGAACUGCAUAGGUUGCUUCUUUCAUUGCUGAAAAUAUUAUGUCAACAUUAUGGGAAACUUCGAUCUCCUUUCAGUUCUGACCCAUCAGUUGAGGACACCGAUGGUCCAGCAUCUGCCAUUACUAAUCUUUUUGCAUCUGUUAGCAAGAAUGGUACUUCUUCGGUGCAGUAUGGCUCUAUCACAGACUGCAUGCAGUACCUGCCUACUGAAGGUGAUAUACAGGGAACUGCCAUUGCAGUGCAGAAUCUUCUUGUUUUUGGUAGAAGGAAGGAGGCUCUUCAAUGUGCACAAGCAGGCCAGUUGUGGGGACUUGCUCUUAUUCUUGCAGCACAGCUUGGCGAGAAGUUUUAUGUUGAAACUGUCAAGCAAAUGGCUAAUCAACAGUUCAUAUCUGGAUCACCUUUGAGGACAUUAUACUUGCUUAUUGCUGGACAACCUGCAGAUGUAUUUUCUUUCAAGAACUCCUCAGAUAGUAGUUUUCCCACUUCUGAUAAUGCACCAGAACAGUCUAUGAAGGUCCUUUCCAAUGGAAUGCUUGAUGACUGGGAAAAACAUCUAGCUAUUAUUACCGCAAAUAGAACAAAAGAUGAUGAAUUGGUAAUACUUCAUCUUGGAGAUUGUUUGUGGAGGGAAAAAGGAAAGAUAGCUGCUGCACACAUCUGCUACUUGGUUGCCGAAGCUAACUUUGAGUCAUACUCUGACAGUGCAAGAAUGUGCCUUCUUGGUGCAGAUCACUGGAAGCAUCCUCGCACAUAUGCCAGUCCUGAUGCUAUCCAGAGGACAGAGUUAUAUGAAUAUUCGAAGGUGCUUGGGAAUUCCCAGUUCAUCUUGUUACCAUUUCAACCAUAUAAGCUUGUAUAUGCUUACAUGCUUGCAGAAGUUGGGAACGUUUCUGAUUCUUUGAGGUAUUGCCAGGCGUCCUUGAAGCUGCUGAAAAGUUCUAGUCGCACACCUGUUAUUGAGAUGUGGAGAUCACUAUUUUCAUCUCUAGAGGAUCGCUUGCGAAUGCAUCUGCAGGCUGGGUAUAGCACAAAUUUGGACCCUGCAAAACUUGUUGGUAAAUUAUUUACGUCAAUUGAUAGAUCCAUCCACCGCAUGAUUGGUACCACGCCAAUGCCUCAGAGUGGCACAAAUGGCAAAGAAUAUAAUUCUGUUGCCCCAAAAGUAGCUAACAGUCAAUCCACAAUGGCCAUGUCAUCCUUAAUUCCGUCAAGUUCCCAAGAAAACUUGAAUGAUUGGGCAAUAAAUAGCAGGACUAUGCACAGCAGAAGUGCAUCAGAGCCAGAUUUUGGCAAAGCCUUAAAGCAGGACAAAUCUGUGGAUUCAAUCUCACCUGACUCAGAGAGCAAAGCUUCAUCGCGUCUAGGCCGUUUUGGUUCUCAGAUUUUUCAGAGGACUGUAGGGUGGGUCUCGAGAUCUCGUUCAGAAUGCCAGGCAAAAUUGGGUGAAAGAAACAAAUUUUUUUAUGAUGAAAAACUCAAGAGAUGGGUGGAAGAGGGUGUUGAACCUCAACCUGAAGAAGCUUAUUUACCACCUCCUCCAACCACAGUUGCCCACCAAAAUGGGAUUUCUGUCAAUGACACCAAUAGUGCCUUUAAGAGCCCAACUCACAAUGCUAAUGGAAUACUGGAAACCAGUUAUCCUAGUCCAUUACAACAUGCUUCAGGGAUCCCACCCAUAUCGCCUGGCCCAAACCAAUUCUCAGCCCGCAACAGAAUGGGUGUAAGAUCUAGAUACGUCGACACAUUCAACAAGGAUGGAGGGGUCUUCACAAAUUCAUUCCGGUCACCCUCUACUCCAUCUGUUAAGCCAGCAGUUGGUGCCACAUUUUUUGCUCCUGGCACGCCUGCAACUUGUGAUGUUACAGCAGGAGAAAGCACUUUAGGAGCUUUGUUGGUUUCUGAAUCUUCUACUACAGUAGAUAAGGAAGCAUCAUUUUUAUCAUCAUCGCCACCGAUACCUUUAACUGUGCAACAUUCUCCUGGCAUGGAUACUAACACCUUCUCUAAAAAGGGUGCAGCAGCAGUGCUACAAAAUAACAAAGGCUCAUUCUCUAAUGGUUCACCGGCACCAUCAUGGAGUGGAAAGUACAACACCAUUUUCAUGCCUACAAUGGCUGGAGUGAACUCCUCUGAAGAUGACCUUUGUCCAUGAUGAUUGCUGGAGCAAUUCAUCUCUGCAGCUUAAUUGGGUUAAAAUGGGUGAUGACCUUCAUCAGGUUGAGCUUUGAUGUGUGGCUGUCUUGUAUAUCCAUAUAUGCCUAAUAAGCUGGUGGCAACAGAUGAUAUAUAUGACGCAGGACCCAACAGCUUACUGAUCAUGGAAGAGUUUCCCUGAAGAGUUUAGUAUGCUUACAGAGGCACAAUCGCAGUCCUUGGAUACAUUCUUUUAAAUUAAAAACAUGUGGAUGCAAGUUUCUAUACAGAAAUUGUUGUGAAGGUUUAUGAGAAGAUGAGUCGGAUCAGACGCUAAAUAAUUUCUUCUGAAUCACAAAUAAACAGCAUUGUCGUUGUUCAUAAAAAUGACAAUGUGGGGAACAACUUGUUCUUCUGAUUGUUUGUAUGGGCAAUCAGCUAAAUUGUAAAGCGUGUAAAAGACAAUUUAUGGUUUAAUAUUGUGUCAAAACUUUGCUUUGGGAUCA